GAUACAAGCAGGACGUGAACGCAACACCGCCGGAGCCCACCUUUACCUCCUCAUGUCCUCACUUCAACUGGCACGACAGGUACGUCACCGCGCGUGCGCGUGUUUCUGCUUCAGCACAAUUCCUCUACAUUGUACUAUGAGUGUGAUUUUAUUCUAAAGUGAGAAAUAUUGUCGUAGGUGAUGCUAUUUGAUUUUCACAUAAUCGGAAAAUCAGCUGUUUGUUCCACUCACUGGUGGUCAGAACAUUAGGUACACAUGCACAAUUGAUUUUUGAGCCAGAGAAGUAGUUCAAAGCUCUGCAAUCAUAUCACAUAACACAGAGGCUACUGUUCUUGGGUGUGUUGGCGUUGGCAUCGAAAUAUGAUAACAUAAAAUUAUUAUAGGUGUGAUCAUGGACGCCCAUCUGAGAAGACUCGUUCCUUCAGUUCUUGUUUUGGCACUGGUCCUGCAAGUUCACUUGUCCCAGACUGCACCUCAAAGAGAGGAUUGGAAAAAAGCUCAGCCUGAUUCCAAAGUGCUUACCAAUCCUUUUGGCUCUCAAGAAGAAGAGCGAAGGUUGCUGCAGCGUUACAUUGAAUUAACAAGAAAAGAUGACGUAAAUAUCAAUUCACGGGACGAAGAGGUGUUCUACUUGUUUCGUCUCUACGACUUUGACCGCAGCGGGCACUUGGACGGCUUGGAGAUGAUGAAGCUGGUGGCGGACUAUAAUUCCCAGAAUGCACCUGAGGAGCGGACCAAUGACUUGGUGGUGUCCAUGGUGGAUUUCCUUCUUCAGAGUCAAGACGUAAACAGCGAUGGUCUCUUGGCUCCCUCAGAACUUCUCUCUCCUUCAAGAUCUCACUCAGAGGACAACGACAUCAACAUUCCUGCUGAGGAUCAGAGGGUGAUUUUGGAGGAAAGGGUGCCAAACGUCGAGAUGACCGAGGAAGCAGCCAAAGUAGAAGAGGAGCCAGCGGAACAUGUUGAGGAUGCAGACAAAGUAGAAGAGGAGCCUCCUGAACAUAUUGAGGAUGCGCGACAAGAAGAUAGAGUAAAAGAAUCUGUGCAGCAUGUCGAUGAACACAAUGGACAACAAAUCCCAGAACACUUUGCCAUAGAGCAGGGGCACCAACAAGAAGUCCCUGUGCAUCAGGGCCAACCAGAAAUAUAAACGUCCUCCUCAACAUGUUUCGUUACUAUCAUUGAUGAGAGGAAAUACUCCCAUAGUGCAGUUUGUUGUGAUGAUUUUUUUAAAGAGACAGAAUUUAAUUUAAAGGAUUUGAGUCUGACUGGUUUGAGCUACAAUUUUUUUAAAGCUGUCUAAUAAGAAGAGUAAUAACACUGGCUAACAAAAAUUUUUUUUGCAUUGAUUACGGUAAUCCAAAUCUGACCUUCGUUUUUUUUUCUUUUUUUGUGUGCAAAUCGAGAUUUACAUCCUUAUUUAGAAAAAAGUGGGUCUAUACUUUUAAAAAUUGCCCCAAUCUAACAUGUAGAAAACUAAUAUUUGUUAUGUGAUGUUUAAGACAACUGCAGACACAGGAGAGCCACAAUAGGAAAUAUGUGACAUGUGACGUACUGGACUGCUCUGCUCCAAUAAGUGAGAAUCAGUCAAUUAUGACAACGAUUCAGAAAGACGUACAUAACUAUGCAAAAGACUGAAAAAUUGAAACUUAUUGGGUGAAAACAUAUGAUGAAUCUGGAUAAAAUACCACUGAAAAACAUAAUCAGCGACCACAAAUUGUAUGAAAUCAGUUUAAAAGACAACAACAAAAUCCAACUCAAGCAACAGAAAAUGGGGCGGGGGUUGGAAAGUGUAAUUGGUGGUCUUUUCUGAACUAUUUAUUUAAAAAAAUAAUAAUAAUAAUAAUAAUUCAUUGACUAUACUUGUACAGUCUGUGACUGAAUAUUGUACAACGAUUUGCAAAGGAAAUAAUGCAUUACACACAAACUUUAUAUACAGUGUACUCUAAAAGAGAACUGCUAAUAAUAAUAAUACGUUUUCCCAGUCAAAAUAGAUUGGACGUCGAUCGCAAUAAAUGGCAGCCAGUGAGUUAAUGGUAAAACAAAGGACAUAGGUUUGCUCUCAACAUUGGUAGGGACAAUAUAACAGCAAAACCUGCAUGUACACUUUUUUCUGGGGACGGGACAUUAAUAAGACCAGAUUGGGUGAACGGGGGUCACGGCUACAUUUCUCACAAAUAUGAACCUCAUUAAUUGAUAGGCUAAUGACCAUAUAAAUAAAAAUGAAAAUUGGGGAGAAGGGGCGAAGUUUCGUUUUACCACAUUCCUGUUUAAUUAAUUUUAACAGUAGAAAACACAAACACACUUCACUCGAAGCAGCUUCCUACUUUAGUUUUGCAGGUUGGCAAAUUCACAGUUUGCUAUGCUAACUCUGAUUCAGGUCAAACUUUCAGUAGGAAAAUUAGUGGUGUGUUCCCCACCUCCACAACACUGACGUGGCUGCUGCUGGCCGAAAAAAAAACUUCUGAUAUCCCUCCUCUCUAAAGGAGGCGGAGGAGGCGGCAUGUUGUCGACAUGUUACAUUUUUAUCUGGGAUUGAGAGUGCGUGUGUGUGAUCAAGUCAUCAGCCAAUCAAACGUGCGUUUGAGGAAAAAACAUUCAGCAAGUGAAAAAGUUAAAUGUAAGUCUGAACAUAAAGAAAAUUAUACACUUAAUAAUUGUAGGGUCGAUUGUAUCCUUACAACAUAUGGAAAGGCAAUCUUAUUUAUCCAUAUAACUGAAGUCAUAAUAUAAUGCAAAUAGGGUUUCUUAAAAGUUGGUGGGGACAAUUUGAGCAUCCUGAAAAGUUGGUAGUGUUAUGUCCCUACCGUCCCUAAGCAAACCUACGCCCUUGUGUAAAAUUGAUAUUUUUAAAUAGAUAGAUAUUUUUAAAACAGACUCAAGGUUCAAUUUACAACCAUACAAUACAAGGAAAAGAAAAAAACAAAAAAUAAAUAAAUAAAUAACAAUAAAAAUAAACUAGAGUGAUACUCCUAUUGACCCACCUAUAAGGCCAGGGUUCCCAGAACAAUGACAAGCAGCGUGUAGAGCUGCGUAAAGUGUUAGUCUGAUCCAAGACAACCACAUUUUUACACCCCUUCAAACAAUUAAUAAAAUUAAACAUCAGCACUCUUAAAACAGACUACAACGUAUUCACCCAAGCAGCUACAAGCAUUUUAGAGGCACUGCACCAUCUGGGCCUUUUCAACUAGAUUCUCAGAGAGUCAUUAUAUGCCACUUGCAGUCUCUGAAAGCUUGUCCUAUAAUUUGAACACAGAUGCGCAGUGUAGAGUGGUGUACAAUAGGCUUUGAACAAGGCGAGUUUGACCUCAUCAGACCACUGGCCACAUUUCCGGGAGAGAACAUUGGCUUGAACAUACAAUAAGCGUCACUAUGAAAAUUGUCAGUCGGCGUGUCCGUGAUCAUAUGACCGAGGUAUUUUAACUGACUACUUGACAUGACAACUUAAUAUCAGGGAAAACCAACCGUUUAUUCUCUUUGGUUCUUAGAAUCAUAAUGGCACUGUUUGUGUUGAUUUUGUGAAACAGUCAAAUCAAAAGUAGAAAAUAAUUUGAAGAUCUUCAGUUUAUACAAUAUAUAAAUGAUAUAUACAAGGUGUCCAGUAUAUUAAAAAUGUUGCUUUUUGCUGAUGAUACAAAUAUUUUUUGCGCAGGUAGCAACCUAAACAGAUUGGCCCAGCAAGUAAAUGAGGAAUUGGACAAAUUAAUCUGUGGUUCAAUGCCAACAAACUGUCACUAAAUCUUAGUAAAACAAAAUAUAUGUUAUUUGGUAAAAAAGGACUAAAAGAACAUCUGAACAUUCAAGUUAAUCAGGUGACUAUUGAACAUGUUAGAGAACACAAGGUCUUAGGAAUAAUAAUUGAUGACUUAUUAACAUGGAAUACACAUAUACCGGUAAGUCAACUGAAAAAUAAAUUAGCUCGAAGUAUCUCUAUCCUUUUCAGGGCUCAAAAUGUACUAGAUCAGAGGGCCCUUCAAAUAAUUUAUAGUGCACUAAUUUUACCAUAUCUGACUUAUUGUGCCGAAAUUUGGGGAAACACUUUUAAAGGCCGCCUGCAUCCUCUGAUGGUUGUCCAGAGAAAGCAAUAAGGAUUAUUCAUAAUGUUCCCUACACAGCACAUACAGUGGGGCAAAUAAGUAUUUAGUCAACCACUAAUUGUGCAAGUUCUCCCACUUGAAAAUAUUAGAGAGGCCAGAAAUUGUCAACAUGGGUAAACCUCAACCAUGAGAGACAGAAUGUGGAAAAAAACCCCAGAAAAUCACAUUGUUUGAUUUUUAAAGAAUUUAUUUGCAAAUCAUGGUGGAAAACAAGUAUUUGGUCAAUACCAAAAGUUCAUCUCAAUACUUUGUUAUGUACCCUUUGUUGGCAAUAACGGAGGCCAAACGUUUUCUGUAACUCUUCACAAGCUUUUCACACACUGCUACUGGUAUUUUGGCCCAUUCCUCCAUGCAGAUCUCCUCUAGAGCAGUGAUGUUUUGGGGCUGUCGUUGGGCAACACGGACUUUCAACUCCCUCCACAGAUUUUCACUGGGGUUGAGAUCUGGAGACUGGCUAGGCCACUCCAGGAUGUUGAGAUGCUUCUUACGAAGCCACUCCUUUGUUGCCCUGGCUGUGUGUUUAGGAUCAUUGUCAUGCUGAAAGACCCAGCCACAUCUCAUCUUCAAUGCCCUUGCUGAUGGAAGGAGAUUUUCACUCAAAAUCUUCUCGAUACAUGGCCCCAUUCAUUCUUUCCUUUACACAGAUCAGUCAUUCUGGUCCCUUUGCAGAAAGACAGCCCCAAAGCAUGAUGUUUCCACCCCUAUGCGUCACAGUGGGUAUGGUGUUCUUCAGAUGCAAUUCAGUAUUCUUUCUCCUCCAAACGCGAGAACCUGUGUUUCUACCAAAAAGUUCUUUUUUGGUUUCAUCUUACCAUAACACAUUCUCCCAGUCCUCUUCUGGAUCAUCCAAAUGCUCUCUAGCAACCGCAGACGGGCCUGGACGUGUACUUUCUUUAGCAGGGGGACACGUAUGGCAGUGCAGGAUUUGAGUCCCUGGCGGCCCAUUGUGUUACUGAUGGUCCUUAGUUACUGUGGUCCCAGCUCUCUGUAGGUCCAUUCACUAGGUCCCCCCGUGUGGUUCUGGGAUUUUUGCUCACCGUUCUUGUUAUCAUUUUGACGCGAUGGGGUGAGAUCUUGCAUCUUACCAAGCAUUUUACCUAUUGCAGAUUCAGUCUUCCCAGCAUGGUGCAGGUUUACAAUUUUGUCUCUGGUGUCCUUCGACAGCUGUUUGGUCUUGGCCAUAGUGGAGUUUGGAGUGUGACGGACUGAGAUUGUGGACAGGUGUCUUUUAUACCGAAAAUGAGUUAAAACAGGUGCCAUUAAUACAGGUAACGAGUGGAGCCUCGUUAGACCUCGUUAAAAGAAGUUAGACCUCUUUGACAGCCAGAAAUCUUGCUUGUUUGUAGGUGCCCAAAUACUUAUUUUCCACUCUAAUUUGGAAAUGAAUUCUUUAAAAAUGAAACAAUGUGAUUUUCUGUUUUUUUUUUUUCCAACAUUCUGUCUCUCAUGGUUGAGGUUUACCCAUGUUGACAAUUACAGGCCCCUCUAAUCUUUUCAAGUAGGAGAACUUGCACAAUUGGUGGUUGACUAAAUACUUAUUUGCCCCACUGUACACACGAGCUAUUUAUUAAAUCCAAAUUAUUAAAGCUUAAUGAUAUGAUUAAUUUCAAAACUGUACAGAUGUUGUACAAAGAGUCUAAAAAUAGCCUCCCGUAUAACCUACAAAGUCGCUUCCAGGCAAGGGAAUUGAACUACGAUUUGAGAGGAGAAACUGUAUUUAACCUCAACUAUGCCAGAACAACAUUAAAAUCAUUUUUGAGUCCCUACAUUGGUGUUCAACUUUGGAAUGACUUGGACUCUGGAGUGACCAGCUCAGGGUUGUUGGCUGUUUUUAAGAGAAAAUACAAACAACUUGUACUACACACUUAUGCUGCCAAACCAAUCUAACGUUUGGAAAUGAUAAGAACUGUAGACAAGGGGAAAAAGUCUGGGUGACAAGUCAAAACUGUAAACAUAACUUAAUGUACCCAGAGCAAAGGUGGGAACAACACACACAAAAAAAAAACAUUGCUGAAUGCAAACAUGGCUAGACUAGACAUCCGUCACAUGGACAGACAAUUAUUUGGCUCUGUAAGCGUCGUGCAGACAGCAAACUCUGACUGUUGAUAAUAAGUAUUCAGCCAAAUCUGUAAAGACAUGGAACUGGUCAAUUGGUCACUGAGUGCUCUGGACAAGAUCUUCUCUACAAUGCGAACAGAACCUGGACGACGCCCAUGUCCGGGCAACACUUUCAAGUCUGGAUUUAUGGAAGAUUUAUGGAGUGUCUGACUGCACUUGAAGUUGAGGACAUCGAGGAUAUUUACCUCUUUGUUACGCUGCUGGCUGUGAUUCUUCUUCAAGUGCUCGGAGCCAAAUGAAUUCGUCGGAUCGUCGUAAAAAGUGUUGGAUAGCCAAAGGAAAUCAGUGGAAUUGACCACUACGGAAAAAAAAAAUUGUAAUCAUCACACAAUCUGAAAUGUCAAAAUUGUUAUUCAAUAAUUUGCGUACUAUGGUAUACUGGGGGCAUGAUUUAAUAAGCUUUGGCUUAUUUAAUAAGCUUCGGCUCAGCCCUUUUCUUUUCGGGUUUUACUGAAUAUAAACACAACUGAAUGCUGUAUGUUUGGAUCUGUCAUGCCUGAAAAGGAAAUAAACAAAUAAAUAAAUUUCCUUUACAUCAUUUCCAGCAAAUUUAUUUGAACACUUUCAGUGCCAGUGACGAUGAUAGACUUCCAAUCUUGUGGCUCUUUUCAUCAUAGGUGGAGUUUGGCUUUUGUGGCAGGAGGGGGGGAAACAUGUUGAUGACCCUGAAACGCGGUGUCAACAAUAAAAUUAACCUACAAGAUAUAUGCUUGGUUUGUAGCUUAGCCCAUGCUUGUAAAUACAGGCAUCCCAGCUAUGUGAGUGCGUUUUUCUGUGGAGAAGUAGACGCC